AUGGCGACUUUACCGGUGACGCUCCCGGUCAACCCUGAGUUUGGCUCAAGAGAGCGAAUUGGGGACCAUCUCGCAAUCAUGCGAAAGUUCAAACGCAUUUUAGAGGAUGCGGAGCGCCCCGGCAGGUACACGCAUAGAUUCCCGCCCCCUCCUCCCGGCGUUUCAGGUCAGGAACAAGAGGGUAAAUGGAGAGUGCAAUGCCUGCUAAUGAGCGCUGAGGUCCGGUAUUCGAGGUACCUUCAAAUGUUAGCAAGGUGGAUUGGGUCUCAUGGCGUCAAAACACCUAAGGAUGAGUGGCCGCUCCCACCAUGGGACGUGGCCAUCAUAUUUUACGCCCAUCUCCUCUCACCAUUCAAAUUCGAGAUCGCCAUCGCGUCAGAUUUCCAGAUUCUUUGGAAAGCAGAGAUCGAAUUUCCUCUUACGAGAAUGCGCGCAUUCAAUACGGAUCAUGCAAGUAAACGUGCAUGGAUGAACGAGUAUCCCGAUAUCCCUUAUCAGGCUGUCGAAUUCACUCCUGCUGGAGACCACGCAUACAUCACUGCUGAGAAUGUUAUAGACAUUCACGGCUAUAGGUGUGGUUCGAAGCACUGCAAGAAGAAGGGAACAUAUGUCAUCCGAAUGACUGAAUGGUCCAAAUACCGGGUUGACCGAGCCAAGCUCAUCUGUCCAGGUUGUAAGACGACGUUCACUAACAGAGAAACCAAGCCUAUAGCCAGGCCUGCAGCCCUGCUUGAAUUCUCCCGUGUUGCGUUCGGGUUCCCCGUUUUUGACCUAUGGGACAGUCCUCAAAGACAGUUUGGCAAGCAAGGUCUUGUGGACCGGAUUCUGGCCUUGACCCAGGUUCAAGGCCUGAUUCCGAUUCAAGGCCUGGUUCCGGACCAUACCUUCCGCUAUCUUAAAUUCCUGCAGCUCAUGAAAGAGAGUAAAUCCACCCUUGUCCCGACGCUCGACAUCGAUCUCCUCUGGCACACUCACCAGCUCUCACCAGUCGCGUAUGGCAAGUACUCGCUCCUCGGGGAGGAGGAUACGGCGGGCCUCUGGGCAAUACGAUACGGCGAGUCCUACUUUGACCCGGAAAAUACGGCCAAGAAUACCGAGAUCGAACGACGUAAAGCUGCGUGUAAGCAGAAGCGGGAGGCCAUAGGAACCAAACUGGCCGCGUAUGACCACAGCCACCAAUAUAUAAAGAAAGAGCUCGACGAGGCAAGUGACCGUCUCGUAGCCAAGCACGUCAGCCUAUACAAAACACAAACGGCGGUGAGCGAGCUCAACGCGGCGGUAGCGGACGUAGAAACAGCGAAAGAGUCCGUCAAGCCGGCACUGCGGCUACUCAAACUGCGUUACUACCGCCGGUUGCAAAGGCAGCAGCUGCAGGAGCUGGAAGAUAAACGCCGAUCGCUGGCGGAGGAGUAUAUACACAAGCUGCACGAGGUGGUGACUCUCAGGCUCGAAUAUAAGGUGGCGGGGGAUCAGGAGUUCCACUACAAGAAGGAAUGGAAGGAGGCACAGAAUGCGAGGCGGCUCCUGGAGCAGCGGCUCACGGCCGAGGUGACCUUAGCGACAGAGGCGAUCGGGCAGUUCAAUGUCGACGGCGGGGAUAGCCACGAUGAUCAGCAGCAGCAAUACCAGGAGGACCGAUACGGCGGACGGUGGGAGGGCGUACCUACAGACGUGGGCGGAUACCUAUAA